CCCUUUCCGGCAUCUGCUGCUGUACGUUAUCUUGCCCUGGCAUCCCAAGCCGACCACCCAGGUAUACACCGCCCCUCUCCUUCAACGCCUCGUCAUUGCUCCAGAAGUCUCAUUUUGUUUGUUUGCCAACCCCGACCUGCCGCGGUAGGCGCAAUGUUCGCCCUGCGGUUUUCAAGGGUGCGGCCCUACCCGGGCUAUUGUAGAGCGUCGCAGCAGGUGCUCCGCGGAAGCAUCAGCAGCAGCAGCGGGCGGCUUCUCAGCGUCCAGAGAGAUGGCACGCGAGUUGUCGGCGGAGAAUCAGCCAACGGGCGCCAGCGGCAGCACCGGCAACAGAAGCACCAGGACCGCGGUGGACCUCACGACAGCGGCAGCAGCAGCAGCUGGGGUCAUGAAGGGGCGAAGUUUGUUCGGCAAAUGGCGUGGUUCGUGUGCGCGUAUCAGUGCCUGCGGGAGUAUGUUGUAGAGCCCUGCUUGGUGCAUGGUCCGUCUAUGAGACCAACGAUCGAGCACAAUUCUUUGCUCCUUAUCAACAAGAUGGGCGGGCGCGGCAGGACGAUCGAGGCCGGACAGAUAGUGCUCGUCCAGUCACCCCUCGAGAUCGGUAGGCUGGUGGUUAAGAGAGUCACGGGGCUCCCAGGCGAUUCGAUUUCGGUCCGCCCCCCCGAGUGGGACGUGUACAACAGUCAAGGGAUCGAAAAACGGUCAGAGGUGGUGCCAGAAGGUCAUGUUUGGCUAGCGGGCGACAACGUGGACAACUCCAAAGACUCUCGGAACUUUGGGUCGGUACCGCAGGCCCUCGUACUGGGGACAGUGCUGCUCCGCGUUUGGCCCACCAAGGACUUCGGUUUCAUCGAGUAG